AUUUACGGAAAUACAUACGCUGAAAAGCAGCGGUAAAUGCUGUGAGUGGGGAGCAUUGUUUAUUGACGAAACUAGGAUGUAUAAGGAAUUUAAUGUUUUUUGCUGUUUCGUGGUGACUUAUUUUCAUUCUUCGCAAGUUUUAUGGUAAUGCAGCAGAUGAAGAGACUGUCUACACCGAAGAUGUCGAUAUGCAUUUGAAAAGAUCAGAAACAUUUCAUCCGAUAUCUUGGACUGCUUACAGUCACCAUAUAGAUACGUUUUGCCUCAGGCCUGCACACAGCGGAUUUCUUUACAGAACUGUCUAGAGUGAAUAAGGCAAUAGAAUAUUUUUGGGAAAAGCCACCACUUUCUGAGUGUGAAUGGACAAGUUGUGACUCAGUUUGGCAUGUCCGUUUCUAGACCCCUGCAAUAUUUUGUACUUAAAUAUGUAGGGGUAACUGUCGACCUUUUAGGCUUGUGCCACCAUUAAGUACCUGUGCUUUGGUUCUGCAGCCAGAACAAAGGAGGAGAGUAAAGUGUGAAGCUUGGUGGUUUGCAGGAUCAGAUCCCAAAGAUGUUGCAGACUGGUAACUACUCGCUGGUCCUGCUGGUCCAGCUGACGCUUUUGGCCUAUGACCUCUUCGUCAACUCCUUCAGUGAACUUCUGAGGGGAGCGCCUGUCAUCCAACUUGUGCUUUUCAUCAUCCAGGACAUUGCCAUCUUGUUCAACAUCAUCAUCAUCCUGCUGAUGUUGUUCAAUACCUACGUGUUCCAGGUGGGCCUGGUGUCCCGGCUGCUGCAGAAAUUCAGGGCUCUGCUGAUAUUCUCCGCGCUUUACCUGACCCUCAGCAUCUGCUUCCACUGCUGGGUGGUGAACCUUAGAUGGCUUCAGUCAAACCAUUUUGUUUGGACAGAUGGUCUUCAAGCUCUUUUUGUUUUCCAGAGAACAGCGGCAGUGUUGUAUUACUACUUAUACAAACGCACAGCAGAGUUUAUGGGAGACCCGAGGCUGUAUGAGGACUCCCAGUGGCUGCGGGAUGCCUUCGCAAGAGCUCAUUAGUGAAGGGAUGGUUUUGAGAGAGAACUAAAAUGUUCUGCUAGGAAAGGCCCCUAUUUUCUUUUUUUAUGAUUAAACACAUAGUAAGCAUGAUUCUAUUAACAGAAGCAAUGGACUGAUGCUGAAUGCUUAUGGAACUCACUUGCUUAUGGAGCAAAGUCUUAAUCGUGGUUUGUGUUCACUGGCUCAUUGUAGCCAAGUGGACAGCUGGUUAAGUGGUUUACAGCGGCAGGUAAGCCAAACAUGGCAUGUGUAGCGUUGUAUUAAUCAGGAUUGAGUCUGUUUAUCUGUGGCCUUUGUAAGUCAAUUUGCGUUGCACCUAGAAUGCAACACAUUGAAAGGAGUCAAAAGUUUAGGAAGAUGUGGGCAGUCAUUUUUAAAAUAAUUUUAAUGAUACAGUUUGUAGAGCUACACUCAAUAGUUUUGUUAUUCCCUUGCAAAGGAAGAAAUUGAGUCAUCUAUUUUGCCUUAUGUAAGGUUAGUAUGUGCUGUUUACAUGAUUGUUUUAAUAUGCCAAAUUCCAUGUGAAUCCUGCAGUCUAUGAGUAGGAAUCUCUGAAUCAUGUUCAUGCUGUUUUUAUUAAAUAUCCUUCUCUAACCCUGGUGUAAUCCUUCAUCACUAAGGUACUCAGUAUUAUCCUGGAGACAAGGUGAAACUGACUGCUCUAAUUUUAACACAAAGAUUAAUCAGGGAUUGUGGUUUUAGACACUACUCAUGAAACACACCAUACAUAGCCUUCAGUGGAUCAAAAUAACCUAUUGCCAAGCACCCAGCAGGUUAAGUUGCUGUGUACUUCAGAUC